GAAAACUGAAACACUUUCGUCUCCAAAUAUCCGUAAGGAAAACUAACCAACGGACUCAACUGUCACCGGGCUGCUCAAUCUAUCCCCGCCGGCCGCCAUUAUACUCUUCGCCGUUAGGACUUGGCGUUUCUCAUCAUAUAAUGAACUUUAAACAUUAAAUAUAGCAUAUUCCCUUCGCAGCUUCCUUUACCGUUUGAUUCUCUCCUGCAAUGGAUCUUCUCCUUCGCUACUCCGCCGUUCGAUUCCCCAAAGCUCAUCCAUGCCGUCCGUUCGAUCAGCCUCCCCGCCGGCGCUGCUUCACCGUGAGGUUGAGUUCGAGGCUUCCGUUUUCGGAGCAGAAAGCGAAAUACUACAAAGAACUCGAGGCAGCCGUGGAUGUUGUUGAGAGAGCUUGUCGUCUCUGCGUUGAUGUUAAGAAGUCAUUGCUCUCCAGUGAUGGUGAUGGACAAAUUCUUGAGAAAAAUGACCAGACCCCAGUGACUGUUGCAGAUUUUGGAGUGCAGGCUUUAGUUAGCUUGGAGAUGGGUAGACUAUUUCCCUCUAUUCCUCUGGUGGCUGAAGAAGACUCGGCAUCUUUGCGUGUGAAUAAUCUGGUUGAUCCUGUGGUUGAUGUGGUUACAACUAAAGCAACAUUUGGAGAUAAGUUGACAGAGGAUGAUGUUCUGAGAGCAAUUGACAGAGGUGGAAAGGAUGCCUACACAUUUGGCCCUUCUCCGGCCACUUAUUGGGUAUUGGAUCCUAUUGAUGGGACAAGAGGGUUUGUUAAAGGUGGCGAUGCUCUGUAUGUGGUUGGCUUGGCUCUUGUAGUUGAGGGACAAAUUGUUUUAGGAGUUAUGGGCUGCCCAAACUGGAAGGAAUACAAUUCUGACAAUUCCUCAGCUGGAUACAAUGAGAAAACGCCCAUGACAUCAGGAAUCCUAAUGGUUUCUCAUUUGGGAUGUGGAACAUGGAGAAAGAGGUUAUGGAACACACAAAGUGGUGAAUUGUCUAAUAACUGGACCAGAUGCUCUGUUGAUGAGUGCCAAUUAGUUAAGGAUGCAAGCUUUUGCAUUCCAGAGUCUCAAACAUGGGAGUUAAUACCCCUAUCAGCUUUAUUUAAUGCAAAAAAUCAGGCUGAAAAAGUUGGAGACAGAGACAUUCUUCUUUUGUCUGCUUGCUGUGGAAGCUUAUGUAAAUAUUUGAUGGUGGCUUCUGGAAGGGCAUCAGUUUUUAUUAUCCAUGUGAAGACUGGAAAACUCAUCAGGGCAUGGGAUCAUGCUGUAGGAGUCAUAUGCAUCCAUGAAGCUGGAGGAAAGGUGAGUGACUGGAGAGGGAGUGAUAUUGAUUUUGCAGAAGAUGAAGUUGAACGGCGACUCAUAUUUCCUUCCGGGGGCAUUCUUGUGACCAAUCAAAGCUUACACAAGGAUAUAUUAGGGAUGAUCUCUUCAAGUUCAUCAGUGGUUUAUUAGUUCUGGGUAUUCCUCCACCUCUCUCUUGCAUCCUCAACUCAUUUGUUGUCUGUCAUUCAAUAUUCUGCAUUAUCUAUUCUUCAAUCCUUGGUUUAGUUAAGUUCAGAUUAAACCCUCAAAUUCUUGAACUGAAUCAACUGAUACAGAAAACCAUACUUCUGUCAUAAUAGUAACAUAGUAUAUAUUUGGAUUCCUUGGCCUCUCAA